AUGACUACAUUAACUAGAAGUAUUGAGUACUUGUCCCCUAUUAUAGACUCUUAUGUACGCAGUGUACCUGAAAAAGCUUUGGUUGUUGGAAUAAGUGGACCCCAAGGUUCGGGAAAGUCUUAUUUGACAAAUGAAUUGGGUCCUCAGUUGAGGGUAUUGUACCCCAAAUUAAACAUAGUUCUGUUUCUGAUGGAUGAUUUAUACCUUACGCAUGAAGAUCAAUUGGAGUUGACUAGUCGUUCUCGCGAAUAUAUGGAUGAUAACAAGCUAUUGCAAGGCCGGGGGCUCCCUGGUACCCAUGACAUUACCUUGGGGGCUGAUCUUUUCUCGAAAUUAAUGAACAGAAGUCCAGAACUGGCCACGAGAAAGAUAUCAAUUCCUUUCUAUGAUAAGGGUGCAUUCAAUGGUGAAGGUGAUAGGUCUCCGGAAUGUAACUGGAAUGUGGUCCAAACUCCAGUAGACGUGAUUAUCUUUGAGGGAUGGUUCAAUGGUUUCCAACCUUUGUCAUUUGAUCAAUUACGAGUGAAAUAUUUAACUUCAGAUCUAAAUAAAUCCGUUCUACAAAGGCAUAAGAUGUUCCAUGUUGAACAGGUGAAUGAGAACUUAAAAGAAUAUGCCAAAUUAUGGUCAUUGUUCGAUUAUUUCAUUUACUUGGAAACAGAUUCUUUGCAGAACGUUUACAAUUGGAGAUUGGAACAGGAGCAUUAUCUCAAAGCAACUACUCCAGCAGGUACUGGUAUGACUGAUGAAGAAGUCGUUAGGUUUGUUGAUCGAUACAUGCCAAUCUACGAACUAUAUUAUGAUACAAUGUGUAGUAAUGGAUGUGUUCCAAUAGGGGGCCAUAAUCUCAAAUUAGUUAUUGAUGCAAAACGUAAUAUUUUGGAUUCUAUGAUCUAUUAA